UUCAAUUAAACUACUCCAAUUUAGAAAAAUGUUCAAAUAUUGCAUUUUGGUUGCUUUAGUUGCGUGUGCUGUAGCUGAGCACCACGCUUCUUCUUAUGCAUCAUUCAAUAAUCAUGUUGAACAUUCAUAUCACCACGAUGAUCAUCAUGAUCACCACGAACCACAUCAUCACCCAAAAUAUGAAUACAAAUAUGGCGUCGAGGACCACCACACCCAUGAUAUGAAGUCUGCUGAAGAGGAACGCGACGGGGAUGUCGUCAAGGGAUGGUACAAACUGGAGCAGCCCGAUGGCAGGACCCGUAUUGUUCAUUAUACUGCCGAUAAACACAAUGGCUUCAACGCUGAUGUCAAAUAUUCUGGUCAUGCCGACCAUCCUUAUCAUUAUUAA